GUUCUAAUGUAAGUGUGUUAUAUAUUACCGGGAUCACAGUAAUGUGUAAAUAACUUUUAUCAAGGAUCUUAAGUUUGUUGGUAGCCCUAACAGUCACAGUCAUGUCGAAACCAGCAAAGGAGCCAGUGUAUGAAGUGCCAGCUAACAAAAAAAGGCCAUCUGCCAAUGGUCUGGAGUUUAUUGGUCCUCUUGUGAGCACUGUGGAAGAAACCCCAGAGUCCGUCAGUACAGUGAUCAUAGGAGAAAUUCCAUCCUGGAUCAAUGGUAGCUUCCUCCGGAAUGGGCCUGGAAAAUUUGAGUUUGGUGAAAGCAAAUUCACUCACUGGUUUGAUGGCAUGGCCUUGAUGCAUCGUUUCCACAUUAAAGAUAGUCAGGUGACCUACAGCAGCCGGUUUUUGCGCAGUGACUCUUAUGUGCAGAACUCAGAGAAGAACCGAAUUGUGGUGUCUGAAUUCGGAACCCUGGCGACACCUGACCCAUGCAAGAACAUCUUCUCCCGGUUCUUUUCACGUUUUCAGAUUCCAAUGGCAACUGAUAAUGCAGGAGUGAGCUAUGUCAAGUACAAAGGAGAUUUUUACGUAAGCACAGAGACCAACUUCAUGCGCAGAAUCGACCCUAUGAGCCUGGAAACUAAAGAAAAGGUGGAUUGGUCUAAAUAUAUUGCGAUUAAUGCAGCGACAGCACAUCCACACUAUGACCGUGAUGGAGCGACUUACAACUUGGGAAACUCAUAUGGUCGAAGAGGCUGCUUCUACAAUAUUCUGCGAGUGCCCCCAGGAGAGGGAAAAAGUGAUGAGGCUGAUCUGUCUGGUGCUGAGAUUCUCUGCUCUAUUCCUGCCUCUGAUCCCAGGAAACCAUCCUACUAUCACAGUUUUGCCAUGUCUGAGAACUAUAUAGUUUUCAUUGAGCAGCCAAUUAAGCUAGAUCUGCUGAAAUUCAUGCUGUAUAGAGUUGCUGGAAAGAGCUUUCAUAAAGUCAUGUCCUGGAACCCGGAACUAGAGACCAUCUUCCAUGUGGUAGACCGACACACUGGUCAGCUCAUCAAGACAAAAUACUACAGCAGUGCCAUGUUCACCCUCCACCAAAUCAAUGCAUAUGAGGAUAACGGGUAUUUGAUCAUGGACAUGUGCUGUGGAGAUGACGGCAAUGUGAUUGGUGACUUCACAAUAGAAAACCUUCACCAGCCAUCUGGGGAAGAACUUGAUAAGUUCUUCAAUUCUUUGUGUACGAACUUACCACGGCGAUACGUAUUGCCUCUGGAUGUAAAGGAAAAUGAGCCCAAAGACCAGAACCUCAACAAUUUCCCAUACACUACUGCCACUGCUGUGAAAACUGACACUGGGGUGUUUCUCACCCAUGAAGAUCUCUACAAUGAUGACCUGUUGCAGUACGGUGGCCUUGAGUUCCCACAGAUAAACUACACUCACUACAAUGCUCGUCCAUAUCGGUACUUCUACGCCUGUGGCUUUGGACAUGUAUUCGGUGACUCUUUACUGAAGAUGGAUCUAGAAGGAAAGAAAUUAAAGGUAUGGCGCCAUCCUGGUUUGUUCCCAUCAGAACCAGUGUUUGUUCCAGCACCUGAUGCUAAAGAUGAGGAUGAUGGUGUGGUCUUGUCUGUGAUCAUAACUCCAAGAGAGAAAAAGAGCACCUUCCUCCUGGUCCUUGACGCGAGGACCUUCACAGAGCUCGGACGAGCAGAAGUUCCAGUGGACAUUCCAUAUGGCACACAUGGACUAUUCAAUGAGAUGGGCUAAAAACAAGACAACAGCAAAAACUUGUUAACACUAUUAACAACCUCUGCUAAACUAUACUGCAUUUCGCAUUUAGCAACAUAUCUUGUUGCCUGUUUUCAUUGACAUGCCUGUACAAAAUUAAUAAACAAAUUUGAUAAACAGACCCUUAUCUGCAAAAACGUAGACCAACAUAAUGGGUCAGCCACGUAGGGUUACCAAAAUGUUUGCUUCGGUACAAUACCAGCCCUGGUACCUCAGUAUCUAUACUAAAUCAAUACUAUAAUCAACAUAUAAAAAGCCUCAGAUUUUUGAUGAAAUUACACAGAAAAUGACUUGAUUAAAAGAACUGCAUAUAUUCUCACAGAUACAAAUUAUGCGUUUUCAUUUUCCUUUUUUCUGGAUUCCAUGUUAAAUGUUUUAAUUAAAUGUUAUGAUCAAUUAGUGUUUAAUCAAAUUGAUACAUACAGCUUUAGUCAAAUAAAAAUAU